AUGCGCCAUCGACUGCGGCGUCUGCUCGUGGGCCUUGUAGCCGUACGCACAGUCAUAGCAACCAGCGAUCUACGGCUGGGCCGCGCGUCCAAGGUCGUGCCCGUGGCGACGACGACGUUCACGACCGACUGCGACGGCGUCGAGUGGAGCGACGGUGCGUUCGGCACCGACGCCAAGCCCGACCAAGUGUCGUGUGUGUGGUUUCCAAAUGGCAGUGUGUACCGCGGCGGUGUCAAGACGUACAGCUCCCGCAUGGGCACGACGGGCUUUAUCAAAAACACUCUCGAUGGCGAGUAUGCCGUCGACUACGUGGCUUUUCUGCCCAACACGGCGGCCGUCAUUAAACUCGACAACCUCAACCUCAGCCGUGUCAACAGCAGCCUCGACGUUGACAUCCACGGCAUCCCGAUCGUUGCCAAGACAAUCCAGCUUUUGGGCAACCAAUUGACGACGCUCGACGUCCGACUGAGCGAGAUGGUCAUGACGCUGAACGUUCCGUUCAAUCGCCUCACAAGCGUCCGCAUCAAGGCACCUGCCCUCGCCGAACUAAACCUCCGCCACAAUCAACUCGGCGACAACGCAUUCGCCGCCGACGGUGUACCCAAGUCCCUCGCCCUCAUUGAUGUGGGCGACAAUGCGCUGACGGUCGUGCCCCCAUCGCUCCUCACGCGCGGUCUCGUCAACAUUUCGCUCAACAACAAUGCCAUCACGUCGAUCGAUGGUGUCCAGUGGCCUUCGACGCUACAGAUGCUGUCGCUCUGGAACAACUCGAUCAAGGAGCUGCACGCCAACUUUCCCCCAAGUUUAACCCACCUGUGCUUGGCGGGCAACCCGAUCACGGCCUUGUAUGCCAACCAGUCGCAGUUUGACCUGCUGAGCAAACUCUUAAACCCGAACGUGACGUCGAGGACGACACUCAACGACCCGAGCUUCACGCAUUUCGACAUGUGCGGCAACGUGCUCUCCACCACGGCGACCGCAUCCACGUGCAGCGCCGACUCGGACACCAAAUUGCUCUACGGCGUCUUUCCCAUCUGCCUUGUCCUCGACACGCCGUCCAGUGCCGGGCCGAUGUCGACGUCGACGAUUGUGAUUUUGGUCUUGUCGCUUUCGCUUCUUGGCGUGCUCGGCUGCCUCGUGUACCGGCUGUUCCACAAGAAGCAGUGGUUUGAAGAGCUCGAAGAGCCGCCGCUCACGGGGCUCGCCGACAGCUGCCGACUCUACCACGACGUGCGCUUCGAAGAGGCGUUCCAGGCGUACCGGAUCCCGGCCGCGGCCCUCGAGCGCCGGCGAAUCCUUGCGCGCGGCGGCUUUGGCAUUGUGUAUUUGGCUGCGUACCAUGCGCAGCCGACGAGCGCCCACCGCACGUACGUCGCGAUGAAGCGUCUCUUGCCGUCGUUUGUCGACAACCCGCACGCGAUCGAUGAGUUUAUGCAAGAGAUCCGCGUCUAUGCGCUGCUCCAGCACCCCAAGAUCGUCGCGUUUGUCGGGAUUACGUGGACGACCUUGUACAACAUGAGCAUCGUCACCGAGUACAUGCCGUAUGGGGAUGUGUGGAGUCUUCUGGUCGCCAACGCCAAGGCGGUGUCGUGGGAAGCGCCGAUGAUCGCCGACUCGGUCUUGCCGGCAAAGGAGGUGGCGUCGAUCGGGUCCCAGCACAGCUUUACGGGCGACGCGUGGCGGUCAGCCCCGACAAUUUCGUCCGACACGUCGAGCUGCUUUCAGCGCGGCGCGGCCAAGCUCGGAAUCGCCAUGGACAUGGUUGAGGCCAUGAUGUACCUGCACGGCUUGUCGACGCCCGUGAUUCACCGCGACAUCAAGGCCCGGAACAUUCUCUUGGGCCCGCACUACGAAGCCAAGUUGACCGACUUUGGCACAAGCCGCGCGCGCGAAGACGAGAUGACGAUGACGGCCGAGAUUGGGACGGCCGCGUGGAUCGCCCCCGAGGUCCUCAAAGGCAUCCGGUACAGCGAAAAGGCCGAUAUUUAUUCGUUUGGCGUCCUUCUCUCGGAGCUCGACACGGCCGAGGUGCCGUACUCGCACGUGUAUUUGGAGCCGGGCUCGACCAUCACUCUGGCGCGCACGCGGAUCGCAAUGAUGGUUGUCAACGGCGAGAUUGCACCGCGCUUCACACUGCAGUGCCCGUCGGGCAUCUACGAGAUUGCGCGCCAGUGCCUCUCGUACAACCCGGACGACCGCCCGGACGCGACCGAACUCUUUGAUUUGUUCCAGGAGUACCAACAUUUUUUCGACUCGGCGCGCUAAUACACCUUAUCUAUAAACCCAGACACUGCUAUAAACCCCGAGGGCUAUGUAAUAGACACCUACCUACUACUACACUACCA